CCGUGCGGAGCGGGCUGCUUGUGCUUGAUUGACGGCGGAGAGGGGUGCUCGGCGGCUGGGGCUGUUGUUCAGAUCUGGAGACAGGAGGACGCGGGAUCAGAGGACAGAGGGGGACACACGGCGCCGCGUGAUAAGACUAACCGGCGGAUUUUCCCAUAAUAAUAAUAAUAAUAUAAUGUUGACCCAAGUCUCGUAGGCAGCCAUGGCGAAGAUGAACUCUCCGCUACACAGGGUCAUCGACGCCCGGCGGUGGGACGGCGAGCUCCUCCUGGGCCGCCUCUUCAUCCUCUUCCACGCCGCCUUCGUCGACGCCGGCUUCCUCCCCUCCGCCGCCGCCGCCACAGCCUCGACUCUCUCCCUCCGCUACCUGGUGCCGCUGCCGCAGCUCCUCGCCGCCGUCGCGCUUAGGGUCUGCGCUUACGGGCGGCACGUGGUCUUCUACGUCGACACCAGCUCCGUCGUCUCCGGCGCCGGCAGCAGCGACUACUUGUGGGCGUGCGUGGACGCGGUCGCCGCCGCCCCGCUCCUCUCCGGCGGCCUGGACGGCACCGCGCGCGCGCUGAGGAACGACGCCGUGGUGUCGGCGCUCUGGCGCGAGCUCCCCGAAAGGCUGAGCCGCCGCGUCCUGAGAGAGAUCUGCGGCGGCGGCGCGUUGCUGGGCGGAACCACCUUCAUGUCGCUCCCGGAGGAGAUGAAGUUGUCGAUCCUGGCGAGGCUCGGCGACGGCGAGGACCUCGCCAGGGUGUCGGCCACCUGCAGCGAUCUGCGCCGCCUCGUCCGCGGCCGCGACCGCGAGUUCUGGAAGCGCAUAUACGACUACAACGCGGCGGCGCCGGCGCCUUCUCCUUGGUGGUCUUGGCUGCGGUCGUGGGCGCAGAUGGACUUGAUUGACUUGUGGCCAAUGUGCGAUCUGUUCGUCCAUCCACCGGAGCCGUCGGCCACGGAAUAUCUGGCUUGCCUGAGACGUGCGAAGAAGCGGCGCCGGGCAAGGGCAACGGCAGCGUCAGGCGUACCGAUGGAAGCGAUCCCGGAGAAGAUGAAGUGGUCGUCAGGUGGUGGUCGCGAGAAGCGGCGCCACCACGCUGGCGCCAUCAACUCGCCGUCAGCUCGGUACCCAUGGAAGCAUCGAUGAUGAUACCAUCGCGUCUCGUCUCUGCUCUGCACCCAUCCAUGGCCAGCGUCGUGUUGCCUUAAUUUCCAUCUGUUGAAUUUCUGAGACACUUUAUGCUAGCUUUGUGCCCGUGCUCCGCUCUGGAAUCAUUAAGAAAAUUUACAACUGAAGGAACAAGACGCCAACUUAUGAACAAA